AAUGGAGACGCGGGAGGCUGACGUCACGUCCCCUGGGCGGGGUCGCACGCGUUCCCGCGCAAAUUGAAAGGAGUUUCAGGUGUUGCUGCUUCGGAGUUGCCUGUAUUCUACCGGACCCGCGGCGGUUUCAAACCCCGGGAAGCACGGUGUCCUCAAGGGGCCUGCAGUCAGCGUCCGCGUCUCUCCGCGGGACAGGGGGACGGUGAAGUCGCUGCUGUUGUCACCUCAGGUGCGGCAAGUGAUCGCCAGUGGGCCCGUGCCAAGCCAAGGGCGCCCGGUGCUGACUAUGCCACAGAGGACGUGUUCACUCGGCCUGGAAGAAACUUACCCAGCCUCACGGAAUGCGUGAUGCGUGCGUUUCCUCCGCGUGAACAGAAGCGCCUCGUAUAAGGACGGCCGUCGGGGCAGCCAGGGGUGUUUGUCAGACUGGACUGAGGACUGCGUCCUAAUCGCGCGCCCCAGUCAGAAAAAUUAGUGACUCAAAGCCACUGGGUGUUUCAGUGAGUCCCUCUGACGCUGAGAACGCCUGGACUAGAGAAUCAGCCGUUUGGUUAAUUUAACACAAUGGGGAUACAGGGAUUACUACAGUUCAUCAAAGAAGCUUCUGAACCCAUCCAUGUGAGAAAGUACAAAGGGCAGGUGGUAGCUGUGGAUACCUAUUGCUGGCUUCACAAAGGAGCAAUAGCUUGUGCUGAAAAACUAGCCAAAGGUGAACCUACUGAUAGGUACGUAGGAUUUUGCAUGAAAUUUAUAAAUAUGCUACUGUCUCACGGCAUCAAGCCUGUUCUCGUAUUUGAUGGAUGUACAUUGCCUUCUAAGAAGGAAGUGGAGCGGUCCAGAAGAGAAAGACGACAAGCCAAUCUUCUUAAAGGAAAGCAGCUUCUUCGUGAGGGGAAAGUCUCAGAAGCCCGAGAGUGUUUCACCCGGUCUGUCAAUAUCACACAUGCUAUGGCCCACAAAGUAAUUAAAGCUGCCCGGUCUCAGGGAGUAGAUUGCAUUGUGGCUCCAUACGAAGCUGAUGCUCAAUUGGCCUACCUUAACAAAGCUGGUAUUGUACAAGCUGUAAUUACAGAGGACUCUGAUCUCUUAGCUUUUGGCUGUAAGAAGGUGAUUUUAAAAAUGGACCAGCUUGGAAAUGGACUAGAGAUUGACCAGGCUCGGCUAGGAAUGUGCAGGCAGCUUGGAGAUGUAUUCACAGAAGAGAAGUUCCGUUACAUGUGUAUUCUUUCAGGCUGUGACUACCUCUCAUCCCUGCGUGGAAUUGGAUUAGCGAAAGCAUGCAAAGUUCUAAGACUGGCUAAUAAUCCAGAUAUUGUAAAGGUUAUCAAGAAAAUUGGACAUUAUCUCAAGAUGAAUGUAAUAGUACCAGAGGAUUACAUCAACGGAUUUAUUCGAGCCAACAAUACUUUCCUUUAUCAGCUAGUUUUUGAUCCCAUCAAAAGGAAACUUGUCCCUCUGAAUGCCUAUGAAGACGACAUUGAUCCCAAAACACUAAGCUACGCUGGGCAGUAUGUUGAUGACACUAUAGCUUUUCAAAUAGCACUUGGAAAUAAAGAUAUAAAUACUUUUGAGCAGAUUGAUGACUACAAUCCAGAUACUGCUAUGCCUCCCCCCUCAAGAAGUCAUAGUUGGAGUGACAAAGGAUAUCAGAAGUCACCUGCUGCUAAUAGCAUUUGGCAUAAGUAUUACUGCUCUAGACUUGAGUUGGGUCCUGUUUCAGAUGCUACACGGUUGAAGGAAAGCCCAAGUACUGUGGGCAUUAAACAAGUAAUUAGUACCGAAGGGUUAAAUCUUCCAAGGAAGUCAUCCAUGGUAAAAAGACCAAGAAGUGAAGAACUAUCAGAAGAUGAUCUGUUGAAUCAGUAUUCUCUUUCAUUUAUAAAGAAGACAAAGAAAGAUAUCUGUGGAAAUAAUAAAUUAUUGAACACUUCUGAAAUGAUUGUGCCUGACCUGGGAGAUGGAGCUACUCACACAGAAAGCUUAAGCACAGCACCUAGGACAAGAAAUAAAUUUGCAACAUUUUUAAGGAGAAAAAACAAAGAAAGUGGUGCAAUUGUGGUUCCAGGGACCAGAAGCAGGUUCUUUUGCAGUUCUCUGGAUUCUGUUGACUGUGUAUCAAAGGAAGUAAGUAGCCAGUCUAUAAAUGAAACCGCUGCUGCAGAUAAAGCUACUACUCUCAGUGAGUCAGACUGUCCAGAUGUAGAAGGCCAGAAGCUGGUUGACACAAAUGUGCAAAAUUCAAGUGAUCAGAUUUCAAAUGACAGGACUGUGUUUGCUGAUGAUGAGUCUCCAUCUUCCCAGACCAGCAAAUUCACGAGGACUGUUUCACCACCCACUCUGGGGACACUAAGAAACUGUUUUAGUUGGUCUGGAAGUCUUGGACAUUUUUCAAGAACUCCAAGCCCCUCUGCAAGCACAGUGUUGCAACAGUUCCGAAGGAGGAGCGAUUCCCCUACCUGUCUCUCAGAGCACAAGGCCAUGUCUGAUCUCUCUCAGUCAAAGAAUGAUGAGUCAGGCGAUGAAGCUCAGCCUUUACAUGAGAUGGGCUGGUCCUCACAGUCUCAGGAAAGCAUAGAGUUAUCCCCACACAGUUUAAAUGCAUCAAAACUCUCUCAGCCUUCUAGUAAGGAUUCUGACUCAGAGGAAUCUGACUGCAAUAUUAAGUCACUUGAUAAUCAAGGUAAUCAGAACUCCAAGCAACACUUACCUCAUUUUUCAAAGAAAGACACACUUCUAAGGAACAAGGUUCCUGGACUUCAUAAAUCUAGUUCUGUGAACUCUCUUUCUGCAACCAAGAUCAAGCCUCUUAUCCCAGCCCGAGUCAGCGGACUGAGCAAGAAGCCCACAGGCAUCCAGAAGAGAAAUCAUCAUGAUGCUGAGAAUAAGCCGGGACUUCAGAUAAAAAUCAGUGAGCUCUGGAAGAAUUUUGGGUUUAAAAAAGAUUCUGAAAAGCUUCCUUCUUGUAAGAAGCCCCUGUCUCCAGUCAAGGAUAACAUCCAGCUCACUCCAGAAGCAGAAGAAGAUAUAUUUAAUAAGCCUGAGUGUGCACAUGUUCAGAGAGCAAUAUUCCAAUAAGUGCCAACUGCUUUCUUACAUCACUUAUAAGAUCAUCAAUUUGAACUCCCUGUUUGAAAAUGGGUCAUUUACCAGCCUGAAAGAUUCAUUUGUAGAUUGAUGCAAUUUUUAAAAUUGAAUACGUUU